AUGGAAAACAUGGAUAGGUUGCUGACACAAGGCGUACAGCUCCAGGAGAACUCCAUUCGCCAUGCCCUUUCCUCGCACGACAUGUUUGUCAGGAGGGUCCGACAAGACGGCAAGCUCUCCUACUGGACCAUUAAACCUGAAGCAAACCGCGGUCUGACAUUAGACCAGAACUCCAUUCGCCAUGCCCUUUCCUCGCACGACAUGUUUGUCAGGAGGGUCCGACAAGACGGCAAGCUCUCCUACUGGACCAUUAAACCUGAAGCAAACCGCGGUCUGACAUUAGACCAGAACUCCAUUCGCCAUGCCCUUUCCUCGCACGACAUGUUUGUCAGGAGGGUCCGACAAGACGGCAAGCUCUCCUACUGGACCAUUAAACCUGAAGCAAACCGCGUAAGUCUGAACUUCUUCCUUCAGAGGAUUCACAAACAGGAAAUCGAGGAACUGAUGGCUCAGAUUUAUGAAACUGUAUCUAAAGUCGAAGUGGCCUUCGCUCUUCCUGACCUUGCAUCUGCCCUCAAAGAGAUCCAGUCCCAGUACGACAGCACCGCCGCCCGGAACCUACAGGAAAUGGAUGCCUGGUACAAGACCAAAUUCCAGGACUUGAACACGGCAUCAGCAAGACAUGUGGAAUCCGUACGGGGAAUUAGAGAAGAAGUUGUGGGCUACAAGAAGGAUAUUCAGAACAAACAGCAGGAGCUGGAUUCACUUAACAACAGGUAUGAGACUUUGCUGGCUCAGAUCCGUGACAACCAAGAGAAAUACAAGAAGGAGGAAGAAGAUUUACAGGCCCGUAUCGAGGCUCUGAAGCUGGAAAUGAAGACAGUGAAAGAGAAGAUCACUCUGCUGCUGAAAGAAUAUCAGGAUCUCCUCAAUGUGAAGAUGGCUCUUGAGAUCGAGAUCACCACCUACAGGAAGCUGAUCGAAGGCGAGGACUCCCGUUUGUCAACAAUGGUGCAAGGCAUGUCUCUGAUGAGUGCCAGCAUCUCGGCGAGUCUCAGCACCUCAGGGGUGAGGGUGAGCGGAGCCUUGGCUGAACCGGCUGGUGGAGCAACUGCAGUGGCCUUCAAGCCAUCGCAGUCUUCUAACGGCAACCAGGAAACUAAGGAGGAAUUCUCUCACGAGCAGGCCGUAGAACUGACAGAGAGGAAGACCGUCCUCUUUAGAACGGUUAAGACAGACGAGGACCUCAUCCAGAAAGACACACAAGAGCGCACCAUCACCAUCUCCGGAGCAGCAGACGAGACAGAAGAGUAACCUGAUCUCACACUAGAUAUCUCUCUACUAUAUGUGUUCAUUUCUUCCCUCCACUAGCCAUUCUUUACUACAUCAUCAUCAGAUCUUUACAUUUCCGUAUCACCUUAGAUGAUUUUACACUCAUACACAUUAUUCCUUUUCUAAUUGUUAGUGAUUGUUAGUAAAGAGGAGAAUGAGCUGUGUAUCAGAGAUGUGACACUGAUAUCGCAAAUAAAACUCACCUUAUGGUGCCGGUGUGUGAAGACUAAACCGCUAAUGCACUGUAU